CUUUGAAGAAAACAAAAUGAACAAUGGUGCAACUGCGACUCCUCCUCGUAAUGCAUUUCAGACUCAUUUUCUUGAUAUCCAUGAAGUUUUACACGAAGAUGAGGAAGAAGAAGGAGGAGGGGUAAUAAAAACGGAUGAUAAUCAAGUGGCGGGCAAGAAGGGUUUGCAGAAGCCUAUUAAACUGAGAGAAUUAAAGAGGCCACAAAGGAAUUUUAGUAGGCAAGUUUCAUUGGAGACUGGAUUUUCAGUUCUGGACACGGAGUCUAAAGCCAAAGAUGAAAGGAAGAUUCUUCGGAGAAGUGGUCGUAGUUUCGGAGGUUUCGAUUCGACAAACAGAGUUAAUGGAGAAGCAAGGAAAGGAGACUUCAAUAUCUUCAGGACCAAGUCGACUCUCAGUAAGCAGAAUUCUCUAUUGCCUACAAGGAAAGAGAAAGAGAUGGAGACCCAAAGACCUGAAGGUGCCACUGGCCUUGACGAGUCUGCCAAUAAAAGUGUUCCUGCAGGAAGAUACUUCGCUGCUCUUAGAGGCCCCGAAUUAGACCAAGUCAAGGACUAUGAGGAUAUUCUCCUUCCAAAAGAUGAGAUAUGGCCCUUUCUUCUUCGUUUCCCAAUUAAUUGCUUUGGUAUUUGUCUUGGACUUAGCAGCCAAGCUGUUCUAUGGCGUGCACUAUCAACUAGCCCUGCAACCAAGUUUCUCCACGUUACACCAUUCAUCAAUCUUUUCAUCUGGUUAUUAUCCCUUGCAGUUCUUGUCUCUGUCUCCAUCACCUACAUGCUCAAAUGCAUUCACUACUUCGAAGCUGUUAAAAGAGAAUAUUUCCAUCCUGUCAGAGUCAAUUUCUUCUUUGCUCCGUGGGUUGUAUGCAUGUUCCUCGCCAUUGGCAUACCACCAGUGCUAGCACCUGCGAAACUGCACCCUGCCGUAUGGUGCGCUUUCAUGGGACCCUAUUUCUUGCUCGAGCUUAAAAUUUAUGGUCAAUGGCUUUCCGGUGGCAAGAGGCGUCUUUGCAAGGUUGCGAAUCCGUCGUCCCAUCUCUCUGUAGUCGGUAACUUCGUCGGAGCAAUCUUAGCAUCAAAAGUGGGAUGGAUGGAACCAGCCAAGUUCUUGUGGUCUAUCGGAUUCGCACAUUAUCUCGUGGUGUUUGUGACAUUGUAUCAAAGAUUGCCCACAAGUGAAACUUUGCCUAAAGAGUUACACCCUGUGUACUCCAUGUUUAUUGCAGCUCCAUCAGCUGCUAGCAUCGCUUGGGGAAGCAUUUAUGGUGAGUUUGAUGGUUGCUCUAGGACAUGCUUUUUCAUUGCCUUGUUCCUCUAUAUUUCACUAGUCGUCAGGAUCAACUUCUUCACAGGAUUCAGAUUCUCCGUAGCAUGGUGGUCAUACACCUUCCCGAUGACAACAGCGUCGGUAGCGACGAUCAAGUACGCCGAACAGGUACCAUCUGUUAUAAGCAAGGGGCUUGCUCUCUCCCUUUCAUUCAUGUCAUCAGCAAUGGUGUCAGUACUAUUCGUGUCCACCCUUCUUCACGCAUUCGUUUGGAAGACGUUGUUUCCGAACGAUCUCGCCAUUGCUAUAACAAAGCAAAGACCUAUCAAGGAGAAGAAGCCCUUCAAAAAGGCUUAUGAUAUAAAACGCUGGACAAAGCAGGCCCUAACCAAGAACAACUCUGGGGAAAAACAAUGCAAUGGAGAAAAUAAAGUAGCUUAAUAGCUUCAAUCUAUA